AUGGCCAAGAUGAUUCUUCCUAUUGCUUUUGCCGCCUUGGCCUCGCUGGGUGCUUCUCAAUCCCCUCUCCCGAACGAUGCCGCAAGGACUUGUCCCGCUAUGAGUGAACAGGAUGCCGUCUUUGGUGGUUUCGGGGAAGUGGAAUGCGACACUUGGUACAAUGGAUGUGGUCCCAUCCCCACUGGCGCCUCUACUCAGCAAGAGUGCGCCGAGCAGUGCCAUAAAGACCUCGCCUGUAAAUGCAGCACCUGCGUUGUCAGCAAGCAGGAGUCUUAUCCGAUCCGCCAAACGUUGGCCAACCUCCAGCAUGCGGGUGGCUACACUACAUUCGUCCCUCAGCCGCCAUCUUUCAAGCAAUGUGGCCAGGGUGGCGACAAUGAAGUCGUCAUAGUUGGAUCUGUUUCCCUGAAGAAGAAGUGCAAUGUCUCCCAUGCCAAAUCCUCCAUGUCUCUCAAGCAGGUCAUUAAGCCUGGUCUCAACGAGGAACAGUGUGCUAUGCUUUGUGCUCUUGACGACAAGUGCAUGGGCGUGUAUUUCCCCGAAUCCACCACUACUGUGGGUGAAUGUCAGCUUCAGACCAACAACAUUGAAGGCAGGCUCGGCAGCGGUGCCGAUGUUGCUUGGAUCAAGGUCUAA